AUGAGUUCGAUAACUGAGCGGUUGGGAGCUCUGAGAAGCGAAAUCGCCGCACACUGCGAACAACACUCAAUCGAACGGAUUCCAACCCUCAUCGCUGUUUCCAAAACGAAGCCGAACGAGGACCUGAUCGAGGCGUACGAAGCAGGGCAGCGUGAUUUUGGAGAAAACUAUCCAAACGAACUCAAAGUAAAAGCAGCUGAACUUUCAAAGUUGUGUCCUGAAAUCCGAUUUCAUUUUAUCGGAAGCAUUCAGAAGAAAAACAUUAAUUCGAUAAUUAAAGCUCCAAAUUUAGUCGGAAUCCAGACAUUGGCCUCAAUGGAAAUAAUUGAAAAUGUCGAUAAACGACUGACAUCAUCUGUCAAUGUCAUGCUUCAGUGCAAUACAAGCGGCGAAGAAAACAAAGGAGGGUUUCUGGAAGAAGAAGAUCUCUUCCGCGCCGCAGAAUUUGUCAAAAACGAGUCCAAGUUUAUGAAACUAGAAGGGCUAAUGACAAUUGGCUCGGUUGAAAAUUCGAAGAAAGCGGCAGAAGAAAAUGUUCCGAAUGCAGAUUUUACCAAGCUUCGAGAACUCCAACAAAAAGUCGCUGAAAGGUUGAAAAUUUCCCCUGAUGACCUGUCGUUGAGCAUGGGAAUGAGCACCGACUAUUUAGCUGCAAUUGAGCAAGGCGCAUCAGUUAUUCGCGUCGGCUCGAAAAUAUUUGGUGCAAGAAAUGUGACAAAAUAG